AUGCAGUCUGGCGACCAUGGGAUGAACCCUUUCUCCAGUGAAGAUCUAUGGCGAAUUUCCAAAUUCACUAUUGAGGCAUUGCCGCCAUUGGAGGAACUCCCGUGGGACUCGAGCUUGUCAGCGAACCGCGAGGAUAAUGAUCUGGUGACACGGAAAGGCCACGCAGUUCCGGAAUCGGUCUGGAAGCUUGAUUUCUUUUCCGAUAAUCUCGAGCGUCCCCAUUCACCGACAAUCUCAACAGCCGGUCCGUCAGAGGACACCGAAUCUACUGCGCCCCCGUCAGUUCAACACGAUGCGACUGAAGUCGAGGCGAUCUGGCAACUAGAUUCUCUCAACGCAUUCCCGAAAGCCUUAUCACCCUUGAAGACGUGGGAUAGACAAUUUGAUCCUCAACAUCGUGAACGUGUAUCUGCAUAUUUCACCGAAUCAGGCGCGAGAGGUUUCGACGCGGCGUUAUCACGCCAGGCCCAAGUGCAUGGGAAGCCAAUUGCUGGCCGCUUAGUAAAUGAAGACAUAUUUCUUCGUUCCGUAUUCCAGCUUGGACUAGGCUGGAGCUCGCCGUUGUUUCGCUAUAAUGAGCACGCAAUGACCUUUGACACUGCCGUCGACAACAUGCGUGUCUCGGGAGUCAGCAUGUCGAUGCUGCAGAGUCUCAUAUCAAGCGUAUUACCUUGCGGGGUAAAAAUACAACUUCUGCGACGUUUCACACGAACUGUUCCCGGUCAACCGACCGACCUACCGAGCCUUUUCACUCUGCGUGGUACAGUUGGUGUCAUUCUCCGCAGCCUUGAGGCGCAAGUCUUGGGUCUUUCUCAUCAAAUAGUUUCGCUUCUGCAAGUCUCGAGUUUGUUCCGGACAUGCGGUGACUUAGUCAACGCAGUUGCAGAUAUUGUACAGGCGGCACAGCAGUCAACUUCCGACGCCGAUGUCAUUUCGACUGUCCUUGAUCGUGCCUCUCAAUUUGCUCAAGCAUUCGGCCGAAUGGAGAACUUGUUGUUCGAAAUCGUUGCACGAAUCAGCAGCCCAUGGCUUGAGUUUGCUGAGCACUGGAUCGGACUCAGCCCUGAAAACGAUGCGCUGAAUGGGCUGAUCGCGGGCGGGAAAAUGUUCGUUGAGUUGCGCGAUCAUGACGUUUCGACGAGAUUCAAGACAGUCUCUAAGAGAACAGACUACGACUUAAUCAUGGCCAAUAUUCCGUCGUUUGUACCGAAAGACCUUGCGCGCACAAUGUUCGAGUGCGGAAAAAGUCUGCGUCUUCUGAAGAAAUCACAUCCAGCGCACCCAAUUGGCAGAAGAGACGUCAUUUCACAGGCUGGCAAUUUCACCUUGCAAAUUGCAACUACAUGGGAUGGCAUUGAACGAAUCCAACGACAGGCGCAAUCUUACGAGUCGAACCUUCGCAAAGAAAUUCUGCGAUAUCAGCGUGCGAGAUCGCACGAGCGAAAGUCAGAACUCGAUUCCCCUCGUGUGGACACCGGCUCGUCUACAGUGCUAGACUCGGUGUACGAGCUGUUUGAUGUGGAUGACGAGACCCGGCUUCAAGAUUCGGCACUGGAACACAAAGACUUUGUCGACAGCAAACUCGCCCGAUUGAUGCAGAAUACGGAAGAGCAGCCUUCAGAUCUAGUCACCACGAGCAGUCGUUUUGGCCCUGAAUUGCCGUCUGCUCUUUAUUUGUCUCUUGCACCAGUUGUUUCUUCCCAGUCCCAACUGGUUGACUACUCGUAUCUUCACCAUUUGUUCAAAGAGCACAACCUACGGCAUCAUCUUAGUCUACAAAGGCGAUUCCAGUUGCUCGGAGAUGGACCUUUUGCGACACGACUCUCUACUGCUCUCUUUGACUCUGAAAUGGAGAGCGGGGAGCGCAAGAGAGGCGUUGUUCGAACAGGUAUUCAUACUGGACUGCGUCUCGGGAGUCGAGAUGCAUGGCCUCCCGCCAGCUCCGAACUGCGGCUCGUUCUCAAUGGCUUGCUUGGCGAAUGCUAUUCGUUCAACGAAGACCCCAUAACCUCCGACCACCCGAACACCAAGCCAGAAGGCAAGGAGCUUCCAGGUGGUUUGAGCUUCGCCAUCCGCGAUCUCACCGAUGCUGAAGUUGAGCAAUGCAGAAACCCCAAUGCGAUCGAAGCGUUGGAUUUCCUUCGACUGCAAUACAAACCUCCCGAGGCUCUAGAGGUAUUGUUGACGCCAAAAUCCUUGACGCGAUACGAUCGACUCUUCAAACAUUUACUUCGACUAUUCCGAAUGAUGACUGUCGUAAAAGAGAUCGUCCGAGACUCUACUCACCGCGGCUCCACCUCAGGAGAUCCACGGAACAACUUUCAAAGAUUCCGAGUGGAAGCUCAGCACUUUGUGCUGGCGCUCAGUGACUAUUGCUUCCAAGUUGCGAUAGGGCUCAACUGGAGCAACUUUCAAAAAUCGCUUGAUAGAAUUGAGCACUGCCUUGAUCGUGGCGAUAUCGAUGGAACCAUUGAAGUCGCCCACUCAGUCCCGCGGCUGCGCGGGUUUCACGAAGACAUUCUAGACCAGAUGCUUUUCGCCAUGUUUCUGAGUAAAAGACACUCCCAGGCGGCGAAACUACUGGAUAGCAUUUUUGGAACGAUUCUGUCUUUCGUUCCUCAUUCUAAAGCUGAAGGGUGGCAGGGGCUGAGACACGAAAACGAAGAGGUUGUUCUGCAUCUCUACUCGACCUUUCAGAAACAUACUUCUGCUUUUGCUGCAUACUUGCGGGCCCUGGACCCAAGCAAGGCGUCGGCCAAGCCGAUGGGGAAAUCUGGAACGCUCCUCGAUUCUUCAACUGACACGUGGAGCAUCUUUGAGCAUCUGCGAAUUCGGCUCAAUAUGAAAGAGUAUUACUGA